CUUCCGUGUUAAGUUCAACAGGUAACGUCAAUUUGAGCCGGCCCCGAGUCAACCGUUUCGUGUUAAACUAAACUGUCUGUCAAUAAGUUGCCCGGCAUGAUGAAAACUCUUCUGUACGACAUGUUGCAUCCGAAAACUUUUUACGCUGCCCAGAGGCCCAUUCUUCGCAUGACUUUCAUCUGCGGAAUGACUCCUUUUACGGUGAUGAUGAAAGGGAAGGAUGCUGAGCUUAGGAGUAAUUCUUUUGGAUAUUUUAACACCUCGAUUCAUACGAUCAUCUUCUGUACCUGUUACGUAAUCUCGUUGGUGAAAAAGGAAAACAUCACAGGAUAUUUCUUCAGCACCGAGAUCAGCACUUUGGGAAACAUUCUUCAGGUCCUGUGUGGAUUAGUCGCUUUGGUUAUGACGUUCUUCUACAGCAUUUUCCAACGAAAGCAUCUGAUUAAUGCAUUUCAUGCUUUGGCCAGAACCGACGAAAGUUUUAAAAACAUCGGAGUAGAAACAAACUACCGCAGUACCUUGAUGUACCAUUACCUUAUUAUUUUGGGGCAACUUUUGGUCCAGGGUAGUUUUAUGGGUGUUUCGUUGGCCAUAUUUUUCUGCUCCGGAGUGUAUCCUUGCCUGCCGGCGUGGACAUCAUUUUUCCUACCUUCGCUGAUGAUAUCACUGGUCAUAGUGAUGUUCCUGUCUCUGGUUAACCAAAUCAAGCAUCGAUUUCAUCUUCUCAACAAAGUGCUCAUCUCUCUUCGUGAAAUCUGCCUCGAGAAAAAGGAAGCCGAGUAUAACGAGAAACAGGACGAAGUUAAAAUACUCACCAUCAGAAAUCCUCUGGGAAUAUCCUCGGUUUACUCCGGGAAUACCAAUCGUUACAUGCCGGAUGUGGUAGUAAAAGUGGCCCAAAUCCAGGACGAGCUAUGUGAUGCGUGUGCAAAUGUGGAAAACUAUUUCAACAUUCAGAUGCUAGCGAUCGUUGCUAUAGCAUUUUUGAUCGGUGUAUUCGAUACGUACUACAUCUUGGAGACAAUCUUCGCCAACAGUGCUACGAAUACGGUUUUCAGUAAGCUUCAGUUUGUGGCCUUCUUCUUUGGUCAGGCGAUGGUCAACUCGUUUGGGAUAAUGACGAUCGUCUACGUGAGCAGUUUGGCAACAAAGGAGAAUGACAAAAUCGCAGUCAAUGUGCAUAAGUUGAUGAAUCUUAAUCAUUUCGAUGAGGAUCUUGUCAAACAGUUAACGAAUUUCUCUUUGCAACUGACGCAUCGUAAGGUUGCUUUUACUGCAUAUGGAUUUUUCAAUUUGGACUUCACAUUGCUUUUUACGCUGACGGGAGCCGCUACUACUUAUCUAGUAAUACUGGUGCAAUUUACCCUGAGUAAAAGCGCGACAUGUCAUCAUUUGCUUCAAAAUGCAAGUCAAACGGUCAGCAGAAAUGAAUCCGAAUUUUAAAAUGCACUUCAAAUUCAACGCGUGUUGUUAAAGUGAACUUUCAAUAAAUACAAUGCUGCACAAAUGGGUCAGUUUGAGGUUUUUGGGCCAUCCAUCGGAAGAAAUCAUUUUCACAGUUAAAAAUUUUAUAUGCGCGUUUGUGGUGAAUGUUGUUUUUUUUUUCAAUAAUUAUAUAGCUACAAAAAUUAAAAAUC